CAGGGUAAAGUCGGCCCGCAUGAAUGGUGAGGAUUUGGACUGGGUUGAGACUAAACUGACCCUAGAUCUGUGCACACUGCAACCCAAUAGAGCAGAUAACAGGUGCGCAGUUUAUAAAUUGCACGCCACUUUCACUUGCAUUGGCGAGCGAUUUGUCCUGGUAAUAUUGGGAUAAUCUUCGUUAACGCAAAUCUGCAAUUUUGCUGAUUCACUUCAGAGGAAAUCAACAUGGGACGGUUACAUUUUUUCGUCCUCUGGUCGUUAAACGAUGCACCCCGUCAGUUUAUCAGCAAAUCCAAUCGCCAGUGCCACCAAGUCCAUGUUCCAUUGCCACUGCCCAAACAACUUGUUGUAUUCAGUCUUGGGGAAUGGCGGUUCUUAUCAAGCGAGACAACCAUUUCAGUUGAUGUUCUGGUUAGCCAGGACGUGAAACCGCAGAGGAUUGGUACAUUGUCAGACCAAACAAGGUGCUUGACUUGGGAGGGAGAUUGGAAUGCUGACCUUGUCCAAGAGGCAACAGAGAAAGGGAGGAGAGGAGUAUAUGGGAAGGUUUUGCUCACUGUUUGUGGAGAGAAUGAAGCCAGUUUCAUCAGGAAUACUCCACGUGUGCCAAGAAAACAUUCCAGCCCAUUCGAGCACAACAGCAAUCUCUCCCAUACUCUGCUCAACACCUCUGGGAGUCAGAGGAUUUCAACCCCCAACUCAUCACAUCUAGGAGACAGCAUUUGCUAUGCCGAACUCAAAGUUAACAAGACAGAAAUUGAUGAUUCCACUUUAUCUGAUAAACCCUGUAUUUCGCUUACGGAUAAGAUCCCCAGACGGACGGUGAUUGGGAAGAGGGGUCGCAUCGCAUGGAGCCCUGAAAUUAUUCCUCAGGAGGAUACUGGUCGAGCAUCUAGCCCCAAAAAAAUAAAGCUAUCUAGAGAGAACAGUGUUGAGAAGACUGGAAUGAAGAAGACCAACUGCAGAGCAGUUUGCCCAUCAAAGCGCUGGAGCCACACCAUGUGUCUGAGUGAUCCUGAGACGGCCAUUGUCAUUGGAGGAGAAGCUUCUGACCAGACUCACUGCGAGGACUCCCUAUGGAAACUGGAAAUAGACAACGAUUUUUGGUUCCCAAUGAACUCCCCCACCUCUGGACCUGUCCCACCGUGUGCCCAUGGCCACUCUGCAACCUAUGACCCUGAUUCCAAGGUCGUCUACGUGUACGGAGGCCUGAGAGAGGGCCAGCGCUACAGCGACCUCUAUAUCCUCAACACUCUAACCUGGAAGUGGAAGCUUGUCACAGCAAGAGGUGAUAUCCCCAUGUUGGCCUACCACUCUGCAACUAUCUAUAAGAAAGAGCUCUUUGUUUUUGGGGGGGUUCACCCAAGCCGCUGUCCUGGAGGCAAGGUCUGCAGUAAUGCUCUGUACAUUUUUAACCCAGAGUUUGAGCUCUGGUACCAACCCAUCGUCGAGGGGGACCGACCUCUACCUAGGUUUGGGCACACAACCACACUUUUGUCCAACCAGUUGCUAAUUUUUGGUGGCAGGAAGACUGCAACCUACCUAAACGACCUCCACAUUUUGGAUCUCGGCUUCAUGGAGUACACAGCUGUGAAAUAUGAGAACAUGCCACCACUGCCUCGAGGAUAUCAUGCAGCACUGCCAGUAUCCGACAACAGGAUGCUGGUCAGUGGCGGUUGCAGUGCUGUUGGAGCCCUGCAGGACGUUCAUAUCUUCAACACGGACACCAGCAUGUGGCAUUCAGUGGUCUCCCCUCUGCUCUGCGCCAGGCCUCGUGCCGGACACAGUGUGAUCAAUCUGGGAGGCUCUGUCAUCUCAGAUGCUGAUAAACAGAAGAAGGGGGAGUAUGCCAACAUCCACUGCACCCUCUUGGUGUUUGGGGGCUCUGACUGCGCUGGGACCUUCUACAAUAACACAGUGAAGUGCACAGUGGAGAUCCCUGUAGAAUAAGAGACUGGAUCUUAGGGGGAGAUGAUAACGACCUUAUUGGGAAAUAAGGAAAAUAAAUGGACUUUUUAUCCCUGUA